CGAGCGAGGUUGUCUGGCUUUAGCUCCUCUCUUGCAGCGUGACUGGCGGCACUGACUAUGUAACUUCUGUGCAACACUUGAGACAGACACCGGCCUUCAGCGCUAUUGAUAUUCACGGUGCUUUCUUCUGUCUACAUAGAAGUAAUCUAAUAGCCUGGCAUAGCUAGUUCAUGCUACUCAAGUUUACUAAUCUUCUAUUUGAACAGCCUCUUAGGUAAGCAAAUUGGAUGAUUGAACUGUAAAGAUCGUCAUUUCGAUAUAAUUAGAUCAGUACCUUAAUGGGAAUGAGUGACUUGACAGGAAAGUGACUUGAAGUUUAGGUAUCAGUGUGAUUCCACUCCAAUCCCUUCUCUGAAAGCAGUUUACCCGCAAGAGGUUUUCCUGAUCCUGAAACAACGAGCUGACUACGAGAGUUUCCGUCAACGAUCAUCACAAUGACUUCAGAUUCAUGGCAUGUGCUACGGCCGUUGCUGGUGCUCCUGUUGGCGUCUUCAUGUGCAGGCCGCACUGCAUUCGAGAAGCUGACAGAGUACGACUUCCGAGGCACCACUUACUACACCAUCCAGAACCUGUCGCUGUGGGAGUGUCAGGGGUGGUGCAAGGAGGAACCAGAGUGCGCCGCUGCGUCUUUUAGUUUCGUGAUCAACCCGCUGGCGCCUGUCCAAGAGACGCUCUGCUUGUUGCAAAACGAGACCAUGGCUGCCAACCCCUCGGCCGUACCUAAGCGAGCCGUCAGCCUCUACUACAUGAUCAAGCUCACCGUCCGCAGCGACAACGUGUGCAACCGGCCGUGGCAGUUCGAGCGAGUGCCCAGCAAGCGGCUAGCAGGGCUGGACAACGCGCACAUACACGCCAACAGCAAACAGGACUGUCUGGCCGCCUGCCUCAACGAGAAGCGGUUCGUGUGCCGCAGCGCGGAGUACAGCUACGCGACUCUGCAGUGUCACCUCAGCGAACACGACCGUCGCACCGUCGAUGCCGGCGUCGGCCUCGAGGACGCUGCCGGGGUGGACUACUUCGAGAACCUGUGCCUUGGAGCUUCUGAUAGUUGCCGCACGGAUCGCACCUACAAGCAGCCGUCGCUCGGCGUUCCCGAAGAUCAGGUCUCUCACUACGUCGACAUGCAUUACUACGUCGACAAGGAGGUUAUGGCCAACAGCGUAGCUGCGUGCCAACGCGCUUGUGAGAUCGAAACGGACUUCUUGUGCCGGUCCUACCUGUACAAAGGGCCGCCCUCGACCAACAGUCACAACUGCCAACUCUUCCAUCUGGACCAUUACACGCUUCCUGACGGCGCUGACACGUACCAGUCCACUGAUAGACCCUUGCUGGACGAUGGCGAAAGAACAGGCACCUAUUUUGAGAAUGUGUGCGCACGACGGAAUUACAAUAUGAUUUGCAAGCAGGUGACCACCAGAGAUAAGAGAUAUAUCACUCAAAUUAUGUGCUUUGACAAGUCCACAAUCGGACGGCGACGAGUCCUCGCGAGCCGAAAAAAUGGCCAAUUCACAAACAGGGGAACCCUGGACGAUUCUAGUAACGCUAGUGCGAUGACUGGACAGCUGACUGGAUCUAGCAAUGACACAGGUAGUGGACUAAUUAGUGGUUCGACUAAUGUUGGUUCGGUUGGAGGAGGGGUUGGCAGCGUUGGGUAUGGUACUCAGGUGGGCAUAGGUGGAGGUAGCGAUGCUGGAGGAUCAUCUGGUGGUUUAGUUGGUUCAGGACAAACUGUGGUUGGCGCUUCUGGAUCUGGUUCUAUUGUGACAGGAGGAAAUGACAUAACGAGUGGAGUUCAAACUCUUCCCGGAUUGCUAGGGCAGUUCGGAUCCAGCUCUUUGGGUACUGGCGUCCAACAAGGUGGUGUAGCAACACAGCCAGGUACAAUCGGUCUGACAACAUACCCAGCAGGAUCUUUGACAGGAGGGACUUCUUCAACUAGUGGAUCCUCGAGUUCCUCCAAUUUGCAAAUUACAAGUAGUGGAUCACAAUCAAGUGGUAGCUCUCAAUCUUUGGACAGCAUCUCGCAAGCCGCAAGUAGUUCCCAAUCAUCCAGUGCUUCUCAGUCUACGAGUAGUUCUCAAUCGAGUGGUUCAUCCCAAUCAAGUAGUGCAUCAUCUGCGAUUUCGGGUUCUUCUUCAUCGAGCACAUCUCAAGGGUCUACCAGUUCACAAGCAUCAGGUGUCAGUGGCAGCAGUAGCUCGUUGUCCACAAGCGGGUCCGUAUCAAGUGGGAGCAGUUCUCAGUCCACCACCGGUGGUGGUCUUGUGUCGACUUCUCAGUCUGGAUCCUCGCAAUCAGGUUCAUCAGUUACCUCUUCAUCGGGAUCAUCCAGCGCAAGUUCUCAAUCUGGAUCUGUCGCAAGUUCUGCUACUCAAAGUAAUGUGAGCACAGGUACACAAAGCGGAUCAUCUUCCAGUUCCACAUCUCAAAGCGGAGCGUCAUCAAGUUUAACCUCUCAAAGUGGAUCAUCUUCCAGUUCUACUUCUCAAAGUGGGUUAUCAUCCAGUUCUACUUCUCAAAGUGGGUCAUCAUCCAGUUCCACCUCUCAAAGUGGAUCAUCUUCCAGUUCAGCCUCUCAAAGUGGGUUAUCAUCCAGUGCCGCCUCUCAAAGUGGAUCAUCAUCCAGUUCUACCGCGGGGGGAUCAUUCAUUUCUAUCUCUCAGGGUGGGUCGAGUGGUGUGUCUCAGGGAAGCAACGCGGGUUCCCAGUCUUCUCUAACAUCCACUAUUCAGAAUUCGACUGCGGGAGGAUUUUCGAGCAUUCAAGGCAGUGGUUCGUCGAGUCAGACUGCUGGGCAAAAUUUAGGUAGUCAAUCAUCAACUGGGAUUUCUAGUGGUUCAGGGCAGUCGGGGUCUGGGGUAUCGUUGACAGGACAGACGGGAACUGACGGAACUGACAAUACUGGACCUGUAGUUUAUCCUGACGCUUUUCCUGGAGGUGGUCCCGUCGGCGCUUCCAUCACUGGUGAAUCUGGCUAUGGAGGAGAUUCGGCUUCGUCCUCCACCUUCUCUCCUGAUCCUGAUAGCGGAACAUCCGAUGGCGAUUCAGGAGACAUCAAUUGUGAUCCAACUGGAGUUUGCUACGAUGUGUCGGUGCACUGUAAGGACACUCGCAUCGCUGUAGAGGUGGCCACCAACCGGCCUUUCAACGGCCGCAUCUACGCCCUCGGUCGCUCCGAGACCUGCAACAUCGCGGUCAUCAACUCUGAUAAAUUCAGGCUGGACCUAACCAUGGCGGGGCAAGACUGUAAUACGCAGAGCGUUAACGGAGUUUAUACGAACACGGUGGUUAUCCAGCACCAUUCCGUCGUCAUGACCAAAACGGACAAAAUUUACAAAAUUCGGUGCACAUACGACAUGUCACCAAAGAACAUCACCUUCGGAAUGAUGCCAAUCAGACAAGAUGGACUCGGAGAAGACGUCUCGAACAGACUUGUGGUUCGGGACCCAGACAUGAUCCCCAUAACAAGUGCCCCCGAGGCUCCUCCUCCAAGGAUCAGAAUUUUGGACGCUGCGCUGCGUGAAGUCGAAACGGUCCGCAUCGGGGACCGUCUAACUUUCCGCAUUGAGAUUCCCGAGCAAACCCCGUACGGCAUUUUCGCCCGUAGCUGCGUUGCGAUGGCCAAAGACUCGCGCUCCACAUUCCAGAUCAUUGACGACGACGGCUGCCCAGUUGAGCCUGCCAUCUUCCCCGAGUUCACGAAAGUCGGGUCAGCGCUGCAGUCCAUGUACGACGCAUUCCGCUUCACAGAGUCUUACGGCGUGAUCUUCCAGUGCAACGUCAAGUAUUGCCUUGGUUCAUGCGAACCUGCUCGCUGCAAAAACGGCCGUGACGUUGUGCGCUCCUACGGACGUAGGAAGAGGAACGUAAGAAGUCUCUCCGAUGGCCGCGGUCACGUCCAAGAGACGACAAAAGAAGCCGCGCUCGCUGCUGCUGCCAUUUUACCAGUAGACGCUUCUGAGGCUGGCAAUGCCGAGGAAGAAAUGAGCAUCAGCCAAGAGAUCCUUGUUCUUGAUCUCGGUGAAGAGGCCGCUGAUCAUUUCAAAACUGAUCCACACCAGGUGGUCGAAGAAGAGCCAUACUACACAGCCACAAACAAAGUGAACCUCUUUGAAACGUGCCCGACCCGUUCCUCCGUGCUGGCUCUUGCCGUCACAUGCGCCAUCCUCCUCCUGAUCUACGUGCUCACGGUCUUCUACUUCGUCAUGAGGAAGUGGAUCAGGCCCCAGAAGUCCCUCCGGUAAAGUGCAUUAGGCCCCAGAAGUCCCUCCGGUAAAGUGCAUUAGGCCCCAGAAGUCCCUUCGGUAAAGUGCAUUAGGCCACAGAAGUCCCUCCGGUAAAGUGCAUUAGGCCCCAGAAGUCCCUCCGGUAAAGUGCAUUAGGCCCCAGAAGUCCCUCCGGUAAAGUGCAUUAGGCCCCAGAAGUCCCUCCAGUAAAGUGCAUUAGGCCCCAAAAGUCCCUCCGGUAAAGUGCAUUAGGCCACAGAAAGCCCUCCGGUAAAGUGCAUUAGGCCUCAGAAGUCCCUCCGGUAAAGUGCAUUAGGCCUCAGAAGUCCCUCCGGUAAAGUGCAUUAGGCCCCAGAAGUCCCUUAGGUAAAGUGCAUUAGGCCCCAGAAGUCCCUCCGGUAAAACCGUGCUUGUUCUCUCAAACACAUCGUCAAUAUAAAUUGAGUUGCAAUGCAGAAGACAACAGUUGUGACGCUCUGCUCCAACCUACGUCUUCACUGUCAACUGCUUUGCCAUGAGGAAGCAGAUAAGAUUUUAACACGGUACCUCGAUCGUGUUCAUUCGAACUUGACAGGGACACGAAUAAUUGCAUUAAUUAUAUAGUCAUUCCUGCGAAAGCCGUUCCACAGUGCAAUAAUAAUGGGGACUUUAUUCACAAUGUUAUGUUUUAUAAAAUACUAUAGGCAAAAAUUAAUUAAACUGAAAUAUCCAAGACGAUUCAUAGGGUAUCACAUUUAGAAGGCUGCAUCGUUCAGUUGCAUAAAAACCACUGUACUGGAAGUGAAGAAGCUUUAUUUUCAACACACUUCUUGGAACACGCAUGAUGCAAUAUGACUUCUGGAGCACGAUGAGUAUGAACAAUCAAGAAAUGAUACAUACACUUCACCUACAAUCGGUAUAUUAGCCUAUUGUAUCUUAACAUAUCACGCUCUGCUGGUGUGAAAAAUUCGUCGCAUCCGAUGUAUCCGAUCGCAACAAAGUAUGCGAUGAGUGCAGGGAGCCGAGGUAUUUGUCGCGUCACGUGUUGUGCUCUCGUCCUGGACACGUUCAGAACACGCGCUUCUAAUGCUAGGAAAAAGGAAGAGAUCCAGUGUCUGUUGUACGAUGUUUAACUGAUAGGGACUAAUUGUAAUAAAUCCAGGGCUUGAAGGUAGAAAAACAUCUUUAAAUAUCUUAAUAUAAUUAUAUUAAGAUAUUUAAAGCUGUUUUUUUUUAUCUUCAAGCCCUAAAUUUAUUAAAGUGGAGUGGAUUAUGCCAUUAAAUUAAUGGGGAUGAAACCAAAAUAAUAAAAAUUUGAUAGAGCACCAAAAAUAUUUUUGUUUCGAAAUUCAUAAUCAGGGAAGUAAGAUAUGUAGGCGCCGCCACGAGUGUCGCGGCGCGACGGUCUCGCUAAGCUGUUCGUUAAGUUAUGUCGCUUGACAGCGUCGUGCGCUUUGUAGCUGAAACAUAAUACGGGCAUUGCAUCUAUAAGCGUUGUUACGGCAGCUGUUGGUGUUUGUAGUUUGUUAACUUAUUCUGUUUAUUUAUCUCUCUUAAUAGUGUAAGGAUCUGUCGCAUCCUUCAGUAGUUCUAGCAUAACAUUCAUGGAGUCCAGGAUAUCAACUGUUCUCGUGUAAGAUUGAAGUUCGUAGGACCGCUGAAAUAAAUCCAUGACUAACUUAUAAAUUUAUUGAAAGUAAAAGUUUAUCACUGAAACGUGAUGAACUUUUACUUUUCCGUUAAGUGUAAAACACAAUUUUAAACAUUUCCGUUAAGUUUGAAACAUUUUUGGCAAUCGAAUAGCAUGAUCAUAUUUUCGUGACAUAAAAUUAUUUAACUUAAUCAUUAUUCAAUUUAAUAAUAAUUAUUUAUAAAAUGUUAAAUUUCUUUCAUUCAAUUAUACUCCAAGACUCUGUACGCAAUUCAAUGCAAUCUAAUUCCCUGCUUUGUGAACAGACUUGAAGCUGAGUUGUGGAAAUGAAUGAAAAAUGAAAUGAAUCUGCAAUGAAAUUUAUCUGCAUUACUAAGUUUAGAAGCCUGUUUAUUAAUCGCAAAGUUUAUUAAAUGACUACUGCUUUGUCUUGUUCUUAUUUACUAUUUCUCAGUUCAGUAUUUUAACUUUCAGUUGUGGUAAAAUAAUUUCGAUAAAUCAGAAAGCAACCCAGACGGUGUGAAGAAUAUCGAUAAAAUAAUCAAAAGUAAAACAAAGAGAGAAUUGUAACUUUACAUUAAAAUAUGGCGAUUUACCUUCCGUUGUCGUAUUUGCAUUACCUUUAGUUUUUCGGUUGGCAUUUGAACCUGUACUGCUUGAAGCUGCUAGCAAAAUAAUUUUUAUGCUUAUGUUUUACUCAUAUUAUGAAUGUGUUUAUUUUCAACCUGCUCUAUUACUUUAUUCUACUGUUAAUUAAAAUGAACCAACAUUG